AUGGCCGCAACGACGGCACCCGCUAUUCCUGCUAACCCCACUGCACACCAUGUCGCCUCUCUGCUACCCAAGCUGCAGGAUGUCGAUCCGGAUAUUCGUUACAUGUCGUUGAACGACUUGAACCAAAUGCUCACCAUUGGCCACCCCACCUUCAUCUCUCACGACUACAGCUGCUGCGCACGCGUUGUCGAAGGCCUCCUACAUACGCUCAACGAUCAAAAUGGCGAUGUGCAAAACAUGGCCAUCAAAUGCCUCGGUCCUUUCGUCAACAAGGCUCCCGAGAGCAUCCUCUGCCCGACCUUCGACAAGAUCUCAAACCUCCGCACCGACAAUGCUGUUGACAGCUCAGUGCCCGCACUUGCUGUCAGAGCCAUGGUCGUUGCCCUACCUCGUCCUGCUCCGGCCGUUCCCCGUUCACAAAAAGUUCAAGAGGCAUACUCAGCAGUCAGUCGUGCCUUGAUUCCUCGUUUAGUUGGAUACACUGUCAUUCCUACUGGCAAGAACCUCCCUGCACCUCCCAAAGGCAUGAUCCAGGUUGAAGUCGAGACUGGAAUUGACAGCAACGCUCUGGACGUACUGGUCGAGGUUGCCCGUUGCUUUGGCCCAAUGCUGCAAGAAGCCGAGGUGGAAGCUCUACAAAAGGUUACAGCAGAGGUUCUGGAGAACCCUCGAUGCAGUACCGUCAUGAAGAAGAAGGCUGUCACUGCCCUUUCCGUCCUGGCCCCUUAUUUUUCGGAUGCGCUUCUGAGCUCGGUUGUGUCACAUUCGAUUGAGAGUUUGCGCCAGGCUCAUCUCACACCAGCUCAGCGUAGGCUGUAUCUCACAAUCUUCGCCUCUAUGGCAAGAUCUAUUCCUCGCAAAUUUGGUCCAUACCUCAGGACUCUGGCACCAUUUGUUCUGUCACCCCUGAGUGAGCAAGAGUUGGAUCAACAGAACGAGGAGGCUGCCGAAUCAGAUGAAGGCCGUGAUCCUCAGGUUGAGGAAGUGCGUGAGGCUGCUCUGCUCGCUCUGGAAUCUUUCCUGGCAUCAUGUAGUCAAGACAUGACACCAUACAUCCCCGAGGUCAUUGACUCAUGCCUUCGCUUCGCCAAGUACGACCCAAACUAUGCCGCUGACGAGGAUGAUGACAUGGAGGGAGCAGAAAGUGAUCAGGAGGAUGAUUUCGACCUUGACGAGGACUUUGAGGAAGAGACUGGCUUCGACGACGAGGACGAUGUCAGCUGGAAGGUUCGUCGUGGUGCUGCAAAACUCAUCCACACCUUGAUAGCCACACGAGGAAGCGGCGACUUACUUGAAAGUGGUGUUCUUUACGAAAAGAUUGCACCGGCUCUUUUGUCACGCUUCCAGGAACGUGAAGAGAGUGUGCGUCUUGAAGUCCUGUCUACUCUUGCUUUCCUCGUCAAGAAGACAGGCGAAAUCAGCUCUACGCCCAGUCUUCGCAGAAUGUCCUCAGCUACUGGACCACCGAUCAGCCGCAAGCGCCGUCGGGACAGCAGUUUCUCGAGCGAACGCCCACAGUUCUCCUUGUCCAAUGGAUACGCCUCUCCUUCAACGCCCCCACCUCAAGGCGGUCCUCAAGUCAGCUUGUCAGCUAUCAACCCUCAGAUCGUGCAGGGUUCUGCCAAGUUGCUCAAGUCCAGUACUGUCCCGACCAAGCAUGCUGUCAUCUCUCUGCUCACAGAUUUGGUUACUGCUCAACACGGUGGUCUUUCGAAGCGCAUUGACCAAGUUAUCGACCCUGUUCUUGAUGCCAUGAAGUCAACCGGUGGCACAUCGGGAGGCGCUUCUGUCACAAAUAAUGCUCUUCGCAUUGAGUCUUUGCGCUUGCUGCGUGUUGUUGCUGACACGCACUCCUCCAAGGUCAUUGAGCCAUAUCUUGCGAAGAUUAUGCCUGCUUUGACUUCUGUCUCAAAGGAGAAAUUCAGCAAGGUCUCAAGCGAAGCAUUCGACACAAUUCAAGUCUACAUAAAGGCUCUGACUCCCCCUCGUUCUGCCGGAUCCAAGCAGCAGAACGCUACUUACUUGCAGCAAAUCUAUGAAACUGUCACCCAACGCAUUUCAGCGCCCGACACUGAUACUGAGGUCCGCCAGAAGGCAGUCCAAUCUCUUGGUCUGUUGAUCGGUCGUACACCUGGUGCUCAAGGAUCAGCCCUGCUUGACCAACAAAGCAGACUGGCUGGUCUGCAGCUUAUUAACGACAGACUCCGAAAUGAGCUCACUCGUCUGGCUUCUGUCAGAGCCAUUGAGACCAUUGCCGUCCUUGCUCAGAGCUCCAAAGAGUUUACACCUGAGUGGGUUCGUGAAGUGUCACUCGAAUUGGGUGCUCAGCUCCGCAAAUCCAGCAGAACCCUGCGCGGAGCCAGUCUUGCUGCUCUGAAGCGUAUGGCUGUCAACCCGGCCUGUCGCGAGAAUAUGGAUGACGAGACUGUGCAAAAGACCGUUCAGCUUCUGUUGCCCUUGAUUUUGCUGGACCAGGAUCUUCACCUCAUUGGCCCUGCCCUGGUCAUCAUCGGUUCCUUCGCCAACGAGAGACCACAAUUGGUGCUGAGCGACGAGGUCAUCAACGCCUACUGCUUCGUAGCCAAGAUGGAUCUGAGCGGUGCUGCACUUGACGCAUUGCUUGGUUCACUCGAGAUCAUUGGCAAGAAGGGUGCUGGCAAGAAUUUGAUGAGAUCACUGCUCUCCGAAGUUGGUGUUAAUGGCAACCCUGAGCUUGUCGGCCAAGUGAUUGGUAUCCUUCUUGUCGCUGGAGGAGACUCGGUUGGUGUCACUCUUGCCGACUUCGAGGCUGAAUUGAAGUCAACGACCGAUGAGAAGCGUAGAUGCCUUGCUCUCUAUAUCCUCGGUGAGGCUGGUUUGCGCAUGGGACCCUCAUUCCCAUAUGGACCUGACAUGUUUACUUCUUACUUCUCGAACUCUGAGAAAGUCUCUCUUGCUGCAGCCGUCGCUUUGGGUCGUGCUGCUGCCGGCAAUGUUUCUAGCUACUUACCUCAGAUCCAAUCCAGCAUGAAUCAGGGUAAGCAGUACCUGCUUCUCCACACAAUCAAGGAACUGCUGCAGCACACCGCAGCCGAAACAGAGGUCAUCAAGUACUCGAAACAGCUUUGGAAUAACAUCAUCACUGCCUCGCAAGUCGAAGACAACAAGGUUGUUGGUGCUGAGUGCAUUGGUAGAUUGGCAACAAUCGAUCCCGCUGCAUACUUGCCUCAACUGCAAGCAUAUUUGAGCGAUCCUUCACCCACUGUCCGUGGCAUGGUCAUCUCAGCUCUUCGCUACACCUUCUCGGACACUGAUCCUUCUUACGAUGUCUACCUGCAACCUAGCAUCGUGCCCAUGCUCACAACCAUGCUCAACGAAGACGACUUGAACAACCGCCGUCUUGCCUUGACGACAUUCAACUCUGCCGCCCAUAACAAGCCUGAUCUGAUUUUGCCUCACCUCGACACCUUGCUGCCACUUGCUCUCAAGGAGACUGUCAUUAACGCAGAUCUCAUCCGCGAAGUGUCUAUGGGUCCUUUCAAGCACAAGGUUGACGACGGUCUCGAACUUCGCAAGUCUGCAUACGAGACCUUGUACGCACUAAUGGAGACUGCCUUUGCCCGUAUCCCCAUCUCUGCAUUCUACGAUCGUAUCCAAGCAGGUGUUGGCGACGAGCACGAAAUCAAGAUUCUGUGCUGCUUGAUGUUGACUAAGCUCGUCACUCUCGCGCCUGAAGAAACUGUCCGUCGUCUUGAAGGACUGGCCACAGCCUUCAGAGCAGUUCUUGCCUUCAAACCCAAAGACACCGCCGUCAAGCAGGAGUUGGAGAAGUUGGGCGAGCACAACAAGGCCAUCGCCAAGGUCAGUGUUAUCAUCAACAAGACUUUCCCCGCCGAGACUACCGCCGAACAUGCACGUGCUUGGAAUGACUACUGGGAGUGGGCGAGAAAGGACAUGGCUACCGUUGUCAAGGCUGCAGAGGAUGAACUCAAGGAAAAGGAUCGCUAG